AUGGAGUUUAUAAUCAAAUUUGCCCAAACACAUGAGACGUUCAGGGUAGCUGAGAUAGAAUCCCUGGCCGUGGUAGAGAAACUAGAUCUCAAGAUCAUCGAAUACGACGCCGAUUCCCCGAUAUGCGUUGUUCAGCUACCCUCUGUCGAGGCCGCCAAGCGCCUCAUUAAACGCUCAAUCCUCGCCCAGUCUAUCCACGAGCUCUGGGGACAGGGCCUGACGCUCGACGACCUCCACGAGUCCGUCAAGAAGAACUCCCCGCACUUAUGGCCGCAGUACAAGAUGGCCUGCUUCAAGUUCGACGUGGACGCCUACCGAGGCGCCCACACCUCCAAGGGCAGGCUGGGCAUUAUCAACACGUUCGCCUACCUCCCCUUCGAGGGCCCCAUCAGCCUCUCCAAACCGGACGAGGUCUUCACCGUCUUCGAGCAGUGGAAGCACAACAGCGUACCGCUGGGUGUCGAGUUCCCCGACAAGGUCUGGAUGGGCCGGUUCCUGGCCGACUCGGCUCGCGACCUCGUCCUUAGAUACGACCUCAAGAAGCGCGACUACAUCUCGACCACCAGCAUGGACUCGGAGCUGGCCCUUAUCACGGCCAACAUCUCCCUCGCCGCCCCCGGGAAGAUGUUCUACGACCCAUUUGCCGGGACGGGUUCCUUCCCCGUCGCAUGCGCGCACUUUGGGGCCAUGACCUGGGGGAGCGACAUUGACGGGCGCAGCAUGCGCGGCGAUGGUGGGAAGAAGAGCUUGUAUGGGAACUUUGAGCAGUACGGCCUACGGCCUGGGUUCGGCGACGUCUUCACCUGUGAUAUGACGAACUCACCCAUCAGACGGGUUCCCAUGUGGGAUGGCAUCGUGGCAGACCCCCCAUAUGGCGUCCGGGAAGGUCUGAGAGUGCUUGGCCUCAAGGACCCAGAGAAGACGCCCUGGCUGAUCGAGGCAGGCAUCAAAAAGGGGAAGGAUCCUGAUUACGUACCGCCCAAGAAGCCGUAUAGUUUUCUAGCCAUGUUGGACGACAUCCUGGUAUUCGCUUCCGACACCCUGGUGGAGAAUGGCCGAGUAUCGUUCUGGAUGCCUACAGCCAACGACGAGGAUCAAGAGAUCCCGAUGCCCACCCAUCCUUGUCUGGAGACGGUCUCGGUGUGUGUCCAGGCCUUCUACAAAUGGUCACGGCGACUCAUCACAUAUCGUCGUAUUCCGAACCGCGAGGUGUCGCAGGCUGCUCUCGAAGCGUAUGCGGCGCGCCAGAAGGUGGUCAACACCGGCACAUCGGCAGACGACCUCAAUCCCUUCCGGAAUGGUUAUUUCAAGGGUUUUAAGACUGACGAAUAG